CUCUCCUCGGAGUCUCCUCUGGGGCAAACUGCCAAACAGACGCGUCCCCAAAUUACUGUAUUUAGUCCCCGAUUCUUGCCGGUCUUUUAAUGCAUUGAAUUUGAGUUGUUCACCCACCACCCUGCACCAUCCCUAUAAAGUUUAAACCCACCAGGAGAUCACCAUUUUCCCACGGCUUUCGUUCUUCUCCCGACCAACCCCCUCCACCAACAUGCCGUUCAACACCGAACGCUUCACCUACGUCCUCGAAGCAGACAACCAGGAAAAGCGCGCGCGGUUCAAGGACUAUAUCCGUCAGAACCUCCAGACGUUCACUCCACGAUAUGAUGUGUCGUUGAGGUACCAGAGGGAGAUUGCGCUGGAGAGGCUGAAGAAGGUUACGGAGGCCGGGUUUAUUUCUGUGCUGGAUUUUGAGAAGAACCCUCUCAAUGUAUUCGCGGCGCACGAAAUCAGUGGAAUGAUCGAAGGCAGUUUCACUACGAAGAUGACUGUGCAGUUCAACUUGUUUGGCGGAACGGUCAUCAAGCUUGGAACCGAGCGUCAUCGCAAAUACCUUCCUGGAAUUGACUCGUUGGAUGCGGUUGGAUGCUUUGGGUUGACGGAGUUGGGGUACGGCAACAAUGCCGUUGAGAUGGAAACCACUGCUGUCUUUGACGCGGCCACCAAGGAAUGGAUCAUCAACACCCCCAGCACGCUCGCUCAAAAGUACUGGAUCACAAACGGUGCCGUUCACGCCAAAUGGUGUGUCGUAUUCGCUCAGACAUUCGUCAAGGGAAAGCACGAGGGCAUCAACGUGUUCCUCGUCCGUAUCCGUAACGAGGAUCUCUCGGUUGCCCCGGGAGUCCGUGUUGAGGAUAUGGGGUUCAAGAUGGGAUGCAAUGGUGUUGACAAUGCGAAGCUGUGGUUCGACAAUGUGCGGAUUCCGUCGGAGAACAUCUUGAACAAAUACGCUGAUGUAACUCCCGCGGGCGAUUACACGUGUUCCAUCAGCGCACGUCGUGCUCGUUUCCUCGUUGUCGCCGACCAACUGCUUGCUGGACGCCUCUGCAUCGCGUCCAUGUCUGUCGGUGGUGCCAAGAAGGUGCUCACAGUGGCCUUCCGGUACGCCCACUCCCGCUUGACCGUCGGCCCAACCGGCAAGUCCGACACGCCGAUCCUGGAUUACCAGCUGCAGCAAAACGCUCUGAUCCCGCUCCUCGCCCGUACCAUCGGUCUGAACUUUGGGCUGAACUACAUCAAGCAGCGGUGGGCUAACCACUCGGAUGCUGAGCAUGCUGAGAUUGUUCGAUUGUGCUGUGUUAUCAAGCCUCUUCUCGCAUGGAACUUCGAACGCGCUGCGACGAUUUCUCGAGAACGUUGCGGAGGUCAAGGGUACCUCGCCUGCAAUGAAUUCGGAGACUAUCUCGGAUUCUCCCACGCCGCCAUGACCGCCGAGGGCGACAACUCCGUCCUCACUCAAAAGACCGCCAAAGAGCUCCUAGCCGCUUACGACGCCGGACAAGUCAAAUACCCCACCAUCGACCGCACCGGCAGCAUCAACUGGGACCUCUCCCACAUUGACACGUUGACCAAACUCGUGCAGCUUCGCGAGAUCAUCAACCUGGACCACCUCAGCAAGACGAUGAAGACUAAGCUUGGCCAUGGCGCAAAGAUCUUCGAUGUGUGGAUGAAGGAGGAGAGCGAUCUGAUCCAGGAUCUUGCACGGGCGUAUGGAGAGAGGAUCUCGUUGGAGCAGUUCUUGAUUGUCAUUCAUAAGGAGACCGACACCGGUGUCAAGAAAAUCCUCGGCCAAAUCGCCAAACUCUUUGCCACAACCCUCGUCACCGACAACCUCACCUUCUUCCUCACCGCGCAACUGAUCUCCCCCGCCGGCGCCCGCGAUCUCCAGGAGCUGCAGCGCAAGUGGGUCAAGGAACUCGCACCCGAGGCGAUGAACAUCGUCGAAGGCUUGGGUGUCAAACCGUGGAUGGUGUUUGCGCCCAUUGCGAAUGAUUGGGAGGAAUAUAAUAAGACUGAUAACAGGGGAGAGCUCGUCCGAUCCAGGCUUUGAGCGAUGGAAAGAUUUUGUCAUGAGCCUUACAUGCCCAUCUCUUGACGCUACCCCGCCACCCUCUCUUUCUGCAUCCGCACAGCCAAAGUACAUCCUUGACUGUACCUUCCUGAAUCUACCCUAGUGUCGAAGUUUGGACCCGAAAUCGUUGGGUUAUCUAGCCACUGUUUUGACGCCAAUCACAACUUUUCUCGUGAUCAUAUAAAACGCGCACUCAGUGCAUGAUCGCCCUCAUUCCUUUCAACAGCCCCCAAUUCAAAAUCCCACCAAACUCGACAUGGUUGGGGUUGAACAAGGCCCAGCAGCGGAGACCUGCCAUCACGACAUAUGAUCCCAUCAUCAAGACAAAAACCAACCCACCCUUUCCUUAAGCCACAGCGUUUUUCAUGACCUCUCUGGGGAAAUACCCCAGUUUGUUGCCCGUUCCGAUGAUAACAG